AUGUACCUGCCAGAUGAUCCCUUGAAUGCAAACGAUAGUACUACUUCUUGCGUGACCACAUGUAGUACAAAGAGCACGACCAUAACAACAGCAUCAUGCUUGGCUAGCAUUACACGACGACGACGUGCUAGACAUCAAGCACCAUGCCUUCAUCUUUUCCUCACGACGGGAUCCGCUUUGCGGAUGGAAGUCAGGAAUUGGUCUGCUAUUUUAUCAAGUCCAUGCGCGAGGUCCCUAGUGCGGCGGGUCAAUUUGCUACAGGAACUAGUCGGAGUAGUAGUCAGGUGGCUCCGGCGCCAGCUGCUUUUGCCGCAAACGCAGAAGAAGGAGCAAAGCCAACUACAACGGGAACAGCAGACGGAGGUUCUCCAGCUGAUCCGGUCGUAG